GGAGUAACAGAUAUGGCAUUCACUGGAGUGGGAAACCUUAUCAAGCUUCUCCCAACUGGAACUGUUUUCCUAUUUCAAUUCCUGAGUCCAUUUUUAACUAAUAAUGGUCAAUGUUACACCAUUAACAAGUACCUAACUGGUAUUCUCCUUACUGGUUGUGCCUUCUUCUGCUGUUUUUCAUCUUUUACAGACAGUUAUGUGGGUAGUGAUGGUUUGACUCACUAUGGGAUUGUAACCAUUCAUGGGCUCUGGUCAUCUUCUUCAUCAGCUUCAGGGUCUGUUGACUUAUCAGCUUAUAAGCUCAGAGUUGGUGACUUUGUUCAUGCCUUCUUGUCUCUAAUGGUGUUUGGAGUAGUUGCAUUAAUGGAUCCAAACACUAUGGAUUGCUACUAUCCAUCUUUUGAGACUACACAGAAGAUGUUGGUGAUGGCAAUACCUCCUUUGGUUGGUGCAGUUGCUAGUUCAGUGUUUGUAAUCUUCCCCAACAAUCGUCAUGGAAUUGGGUACCCUUCAAGCCCUAAUUCUACUCAAGAUGACUCCUAAUUAAGUGAUCACCUUCUUCUUUCCCAUCCAGAGAAGAAAAAGGAAAUAAAUAUCAAUCUUCUUAUCUGAUUCUACCUUACACAAAGUUUCUGUGAAUUUCUUCUUC